UUUUAACGUGAAGAAGAGAGAGAGAGAAGGGCCAAGGGAGAAAAUGGGAGCUGUGUUGUCGAAUUUGUUGGGAGGAGGAGCUGCAGACGCAUCAGAUUCGGCUUUGGAGGGAUCUGGAGUCAAUGUAUUUCACUCAUCUGAGAGAUGGUUGCUCCACUUCAAUGCUUCCAAAGAAUCCAGCCAAUUGAUGGUGAUUGACUUCGCUGCGACCUGGUGUGGGCCUUGCAAAUUCAUGGAGCCUGCUGUCAAGUCCAUGGCUUCCAAGUACACCGACGUCGACUUCGUCAAGAUCGAUGUUGAUGAGUUGUCUGAUGUGGCGCAGGAGUUUGCUGUGCAGGCCAUGCCGACGUUUGUGUUGUUGAAACGAGGGAAGGAAGUGGAAAGGGUGAUCGGGGCCAAGAAGGAUGAGCUGGAGAAGAAGAUUCAGAAACACAGGGCAGUUUCCAAUGCUUAAAUUUUUAUUUUUAUUUUGGAAUAAGCUGUGAAUUAUGUCACCAAAAGUUCUACGCUCUAGCCCUGUCUUUAUACCUCCUGAAUUGGCAUAGAUGAAUGUUUUAUGAAUGUGAAUGCUUCUUUUGCAUUUCUUCGUGGGUUUGCUUUGAUCAAAUGAUUCGAUGGUUAUAUACCUUUUUAUUUUAUGGUA